AUGGCGAAAGUGCGCAGCUGGACUAUUUCGCGUAUGCUUCAACAACCGUAUAACGAUCGCCAGUACCAGGCUGCACAAGGUCGAGGGAGGUUGUCGCUGGCUCCUGCCCCAUCUCGAUUAUACGGCGGCGAAUUAAUCGAGAACGAGCGACCACCACCACGAUCGCAGCCUGUGUACCAAGACACCUAUGGCGACGAAGACCAAGUCUAUCCUACUAAUGCCAUUUGUGGAUCGCUUAAUCGAUUUGCAUACAACGCUCAUCAGUCUCUCGAGUCAAGCUCUGACGUGCCACUUGGUGCUUCCUCAAGCCCCGCUUUGAACGCUGGAAGGAGGCGGGCUGGACAGUAUGAUAGUGGCGCCUCUCAGCAUGUAUCUCAACUCCAACCCCUUGAAGAUCUACCAGAUGAGCCCUUGGCGGAUGCCAGAGGCAAUGUCCAAAAUCAACGCGAGACUGUCGAACGCCCUUCAGAACCAUCACGACGCGAUAUUGGUCAUCCAUUCCAGCAAAUCACAGAUAUCAACACCGACGGUCCGUCUCAUGCGCUGCCAAUUGUGCAGGGCAUCCGCCUCGUGCCUGUCUCAGCUCUUCCAGACCGUCUCAGAACCGUAUUCCCCUUUCUGAACUUCAAUGCCGUCCAGUCCAAGUGUUUCGACCAAGUCUUCAGAUCAGACAACAACUUUGUCUUAUCAUCGCCCACUGGUAGCGGAAAGACAGCGAUUCUGGAGCUUGCAAUCUGCCGAGCGGUUGUAUCCAAUUCCACGGGCCCGUACAAAGUUGUCUAUCAAGCUCCGACCAAGGCACUGUGUUCCGAACGGCAGCGCGACUGGGACCAAAAGUUCAAUCAGAUUGGUCUGAAGUGUGCCGAGCUCACUGGUGACAGCAACGCGACAGACCUUUGCAACGUGCAGAGCGCGAAUAUCAUCAUCACCACACCUGAGAAAUGGGACAGUAUGACCAGGAAAUGGAAAGAUCAUGAGAAGCUGAUGAGACUCAUCAAGUUGUUUCUCAUUGACGAGGUCCACAUCCUAAACGAUGACCGUGGCGCUGUGCUUGAGGCUGUAGUCUCUCGUAUGAAGUCUAUUGGCACCGACGUCCGCUUCAUCGCGCUAUCCGCGACCGUUCCAAAUUUCCACGAUGUUGCGGCUUGGUUGGGAAAGAGCUCCUCGGAGCCAUACGCUUCCGCCCCGAACGAGAAAUUCGGUGAGGAAUUUCGUCCAGUAAAGCUGAGAAAGUACGUAUGUGGUUACGUCUGUAAUAACAGCAACGAUUUCGCGUUCGAGAAGCAGCUCGAUGCCAAGCUGCCAGAGAUCAUCAUGAAAUACUCGGAGCGGAAGCCUAUCAUGAUCUUUUGUGCAACGCGAAAAUCUUGCUUUCACACUGCACAGCUCAUAGCAAACUGGUGGGGCUCAAAAAAUGGUCGAGAACGUCUGUGGAAUCCUCCAUCACAGGCUAUCCACAUGCGGGACAAGGAACAUUGCAAGGUCGUCGCUUCUGGGGUAGCUUUUCACCAUGCAGGUCUCGAUCAUGAGGAUCGAAUCAAGGUCGAACAAGCUUUCCUCAAGGGCGACAUCAACGUAAUUUGCUGCACGUCAACACUGGCAGUCGGCGUUAAUCUGCCAUGCCAUCUUGUCAUUAUCAAGAACACCACGGCUUGGAUGGAUGGAAGCACGAAAGAAUACUCAGAUCUGGAGAUGAUGCAGAUGCUUGGUCGUGCAGGUAGACCUCAGUUCGACGACAGCGCUGUCGCGGUCAUCAUGACACGGUAUACUAAGGUUCGGCGCUAUGAGAAUCUGGUGACAGGUGAAGACAUCCUGGAGAGCAAGCUGCACCUGAACCUCGUUAACCACAUGAACGCUGAGAUCGGCCUUGGCACCAUUCGGGACCUUGAGUCAGCCCGAAAGUGGCUGAUGGGCACAUUCCUGUACGUUCGACUACAGCAGAAUCCGUCAUACUACAAGCUUGAAGGAUCACGUAACGGCCAAGACAUUCAGGAACAGGUAGACAACAUAUGCUUUCGCGACAUCGCUCUCUUGAAGGAGCACAACCUCGCCUCAGGAGAAGAGUAUUUUCGAUGUACCGAAUUCGGCCACGCUAUGGCACGCUACUACGUCCGAUUCGAGACGAUGAGGGUGUUCAUGGGCCUGCAGAAAAAGUCGACAUUGUCAGAGAUUCUUUCGGCCGUAGCCCAAGCAGCUGAGUUUUCAAAGAUCCGCUUUCGUCAGGGCGAGAAGAGUAUCUACAAGACCAUCAACAGGUCGCCCUCUAUCCGCUUUCCGAUACCUGUGAACCUUGAUUCACCAGCUCAGAAGGUGUCGCUCGUCAUCCAGUCUGUUCUUGGCCAUGCGGAGAUCAACUGGGAAAGUGACAUGUCCAAACACAAGGCUCAAUAUCAGCAGGAAGUGGCCACGAUCUUCAAGUCCAUCAAUAAUCUGGUUAGAUGCAUCAUCGACUGCCAGAUUGUUCUGGGUGACUCCGUGAGCAUUCAUAGUGCACUGAUGCUGGAGCGCUGUUUGGGAUCAAAGGCCUGGGACGACAGCCCGUUGCAGAUGGUGCAAGUACCCAAUAUCGGCACUGUUGCCGUUCGUAAACUUGUCAACGCUGGCAUUCACAGUAUCGAAGAUCUGGAAAGCACAGACGCGCGACGCAUUGAGACCAUUGUCGGCAGAAAUCCGCCUUUCGGUCUAAAGGUUCUUGAGGAUCUGAGGUCGUUCCCCAAGCUUCGUGUGUCCCUUCGUAUUCAGCCGUCUUCUGUCAUCAAGACACCAGAAGGUGCUAAGGUCCAAGUCAUGGCCGAUAUUGGCUUCAUCAAUGAAAGCCCUUCAGAGAAGUUUAACAAAAACCUAAUCUACGUCUGCAUGUUGGCGGAGACCUCGGACGGGCGUAAGGUACACUUCACGAGGAUGAACGGCCAUAGGCUCGGCAUGGGUCAGAGCCUGGUCUUCCCAGCAUUGCUGACUAGCCCAGAACAGAAGAUCAACUGCUACCUCAUGUGCGAAGGCAUCGCUGGCAGUAUGCGAGACGCCACAUUGGCGCCCAAAAUCGCACCCUCAACAUUUCCAGUUUCGGCCCCGAAGGCAGUAGAGCCUGCACCUACUCACCAACCAAAUAUGUCCAGGCGCAGAGUCGAAAAUACUCCCAUGCAGCGGAGAAAGUCUUUUACCAAUGACGACUUCGGAGACGCUGAUCUCGACGACGAUGCUCUGGUCAAGGCGAGUUGUGACGAUCUUGACUUCGACCACAUUGACAACUUUGCGGAUCCAACGGACGCUAUCACUCGGAGCAACACCGCAAAAAACAAUCCCGCGAAAGAGAAAGAUUGCUCGAAGGCCCCGGCAACCAACAAUGAGGACGAUGGCGAACCAGCGCCUGAUCAGUUACCCAACGGCAGGUGGCCAUGCAACCACAAGUGCAAGGAUAAAGAAGCUUGCAAACAUUACUGCUGUAAGCAUGGCAUGGACAAACCACCCAAGAAGACUGCGCCGAAACGCGCACCGAUAGGGGAGCAUCAGAACCAGUCGCCGCCCAGCAGCUCUGCGCAUCGCAACGACAGAAUAGAAACGAAGCUAAACCUGCAAAGCUCGAAGCGGAAGACUUCGACCGCUAUCGAGGAGCUGGACUUGACGCAACAGGAGAAGAAGCGCAAGCCCGAGUAUGCCAUCAAUGGUCCACGAGAUUAUCGAGACCUUCACAAACUCCACAAGGAUGUCCAGAAGAAAGACAUGCCGGCCUCUCUUCACUCAGUCAUGAAAACGAAACCCGCGUACUGCUAUGGCGAGGGUGGUGAGCAUCAACUGUCUUUCCUCAGCCACUCAACCGCCGCACGACCCGAGACUUCAAGCGAGUACGGCGACCUUGAAUUUGAUGACUUGACUGCCGGACUAUCUGCCCUGCAGAACAAGCCGACUUACUCCGACGAGCUAUCUUCGCUCCAUUUCCGUUGUAGAACACCAGUCACGUCUCGCGGCUCUGAUACGUUCGGUGACGACGAAUCUAUGUUCGGCGAAGCCAUCGUCGGUCUCGCAGACUCUCAGGAUCUUCGUGCACACAAUCUAGGCACAGCGAGCAUGCAAAACUACGAAGCACGCGAUGCUAUCAGUGUUGCCGAAGACUUCACCGACGUUGACUUCCCCGUGGACAUCGACUUCUCCGCCAAGUAUAUCAGCCCGGAUCCGCCCAACCAACAUAGCAAGACCUGUGCUCCUCUCCUCGAGGCCAUAAGUAGCCCUGAGCAGUCCCGUAAUUUUAAGCCGGCGAAGCCGAUGCUGCAGAACCGAGAACUUGGCGAGCUACAGCAGGGCAAAGCUGCGCCAUCACCGCCUAGCCAGGCUGCGAAGGAUCUGGACGAAGAAGAAGACGUGUACAGCGACUUACUGGAUAUGCUUGAUAUGCCGUUGGCUGCUAACAACAAGGCGAACACGAAGAGUGACAACCAUCCUGCCAAGGUCAAAGCGCCAGUACAAUCAGUCGAGACCAAGCAAGAAGAGCCAAAGCAAGUCCCAGAGGGAUUCAAGGAUCUUCAGCCAUGGCUGUUCCAAGAGUUUGGCGACAUCGUGGAACUUGUGGACGAAUGA